UUGAACUAGUUUAUAAAUUGGAUAGAAAAUUAAACAUGGAUUCUUUGAAACUCACUAUUUUUCUCAUCGUUCUUUUUAUUUCUGUUACUCAAGGUUUCGACAAUUUAGGAGCGAUUCCGCGAUGUUCAUCAACCACCGUUGGCGUCAACCCAAACAGUUACAGUUCCUCAGACUUUACGUCCAGCUCAACGCACAGAGGAUCUUUGUGGAUGGUUGAGUCCAGUCAUUUCAUGUCUUCAUGCUGUGGACACAUCAGCAGCUGGACCUUUCGCCCAAAGACGACGGGUGACAUCAAAUUUGUUGUCUUUCACAGACUGCCUGACAACACUUUCAUGAUUUCGGGCGUUAGUGAGCACCAUAUUAAAGUUGCUGAUGUCGGAAAUACCUUAACCCAAUCAUCGAAUCCUACAUUGCAGAUUCAAAACGGCGAUUUCAUCGGAUGGUAUUUCAGCGGUGAUGCAGUUUUGGGGUAUGGUGCAGACUCGAGCUACAUCAUGGCAAAGUAUAUGACUGGCAUUGCACCAGAACUCAUCAAGAAAGAAAAGAUCAUAAACUGGUCAAGUGCUUCUGGUGCCCAAUACAACAUCUUGUUUGGUGUAAGGGCCAAUAUUGUUACUGGUAGCACGCCAACCCUGACCUUUCCAACAUCGGUCACUAUAACAGACACCAAUCCUACUGGAACCAAGGUCACGGAUGUGACCUACUCUUACUUAGACCAAGCAACCUUGAACACUGAUCUCUUUAUCGAACAAAAGCUGUACUCCAGCAAGUACUUCGUUUUGGACUCCUCUACACUCGAAGUUAAAACAGAUUCGGCGUACAUACCAGAGGGCUCGUACACUAUGGAGUUCUACAUCAUGGAUGCGUGCAUGCGGCAGUCCUCAAGGACACUGACAAUAACUGUAGCUAAUGCACCUCUUUCGAUUACAAAUCUUGGGGCUCAGUAUAAGGACCUCUCGGAAGACACGGAGACCCAGCAGUCCCUGUACACCAUACAGACUAGCGACUCCUCCACAAACGACCCCGUGUACUGCGACAUAGCGAACCCCAGCGAAGGUCCCUUUCACUGCAGACAGACGUCCAGUGCUGUUAAAACCUACGACAUAUUUGUGUAUGAUUGGCCACAGCUAUCAUAUGACACAAAGAAUACAUACAACUUAAAAGUGGAGUGUUCGGACAACACAAACACAGCAACAGGAACUUACACUGUCAGCAUCAAACGGAACGAACCCCCGCAGUUCCACAAUAAUUUCUGGCAAGUCACAGUAGAUGCCGAACAAGCAAGUAUUGGUGACGUCAUCUUCACAGUAUCCACGAGUGAUCCUGAAAAUGACGAACUUUGGUUGACUAUGUCGUGUUCACCGUCAAACUGCCCGUUCCUUCUGCUAAACAAUGGCCAGUUAGUAGUAAAUGCAAAUUUACUGCACAAUUCCCAUAGUGCAUACUCUCUGGCGUUGACUUUACAGGACUCUUCUGGUCACAACACAGUUACGGGACAGUCUAUUGCUGUCACCAUUGUUAAUAUCAACAAUAAGCCUGUGUUGACCAAUGUCAAGAGUUUGACUGUUAUGGAGAAUUCAGGGCCAUCUACGUCCAUUUAUACUUUUUCGGCGACUGAUCCUGACCCAUUGGAUACCUUGACGUUCGCUGCCAGCUUUUCUCAUGGAGAAGGCAGUAGCUUGUUCGAACUGGAUAAAACAACUGGAGAGCUUAGAACCACUUCUUGGAAUACAAUAGACCGAGAAAGCUUGGAAGAUAGCAACAAGGUAUACCGAGUGAAGCUGUCUGUCUCUGAUGGGAAGUACUUUGAUACAGAGUACUUCUAUAUAACCGUUACCAAUGAGAACGAGAGUCCGGUAUUUCUACAGAAGUAUUAUUCCGUUUCAACUACAGAGGGACCGGCAGGACAGAGUUUAAAUACCCCUCAGUGGAAAUACAACGACCCGGAUGGAGACACGGUGGCGUUCGAGUUUGAUUGCGGAGCUGACACUGGUCGGUUUACUUUUGGAUCCUCUACAGGUUCGAUUCAAUUUAAGAAUGCUUAUGACCUAGAUACAAGUGGGGUCCCUACAAACGUCAUGUGUACCGUGUAUGUUUCUGAUGGAAGCCUGAGAGAUUCGGCAGAAUUGUCCAUAACUGUAGAGCAUGAGAACGAGGCUGCUCCAAGAUUUUCUCAGUCGUCCAUUUCCGUGUAUGUUGAAUGUAUUGCAGAGAUGUUGACAACUGUUGCAAAAGUAACCGCGUUUGAAAGUGACGGUGCCGAUACUGAUCACGGCACCAUCUACUACUUACUGGACCAGAGCAACCUUGCCAAGGAAUUCUUCGGCAUUAAAGAAAAUGGCGUUAUCUACACGAAAGACCUUUUAACGUCCAUGUGCUCCGGAAGUACUCUGUCUUUCAAAGUCAUUGCUUCUGACAGAGCUGGUAGAAACUCCACCAUUCAGGUUACCGUGAAUGUUGUCCUGACGACGACCACCAGCACAACAACGACAACAGAGAAAAUGAUUUCUACCUUCACUAACCCGGAGAACAUGUAUGUUGCCCUUCCUUUGGCUACUGCGUCAGUCGCUUUUGUCUUACUCAUGUUCGGCAUGAUAUUUUACUAUUUACCGGGCGGUAUCAAGUCUGCAGUCUCCUCAGUUGUGGGGAAGAUUGGCAAUGGACUUAGUAGUGUUGCUUCAAAAUGCAAGAAGGCGCCAACUUCUACACCGGACGAACCCGAAUUCAAGAGACACAAACCUGCUCCCAAACCUAAGGCAACUAGACCUCCUGAACAAUCUCUCCCCGCCCCAACAAACACCAGUCCACCGCCGACUUAUGAAGAUGUUGUGCCUCAACUAUUCCGCGAGACGAAUCAAUUUUGAGUUUUUAACAUCUAUUGGGAUAGAAGAUGAUAUGUAUCAAAUCUAUUCGACGGUUUUUACAAACGUAUACAAACAUUUAGGUAUUUUAUUUGGUACUUUAUGGAUUUAAAAAUACAAAAAUAUUUGUUUUGAAACAUGUCAUACAAUAUGCAUAAUAUAUGGCUCUUGUGCAUGCAUAAACAUUUUGCAAUGAAUGAAAUGCAGUGUGACAACAGUUUUAUAUCUCGAUUACACGCAUAAAAACCCACUGUUUUGUCCCCUUAUCACGAAUUUAUGUCUAGUUUUUUUCAACAGAAAUAUAAAUCAUCAUCACGAUACUUAUAAUACAGAUAUCCUUGUUCAUGCGUUUUAUUUUAUUUAUUUACUUAUUUUAUUAUGCAUGAUUUUCUUUUUUCUCUUUGAUAAUCAAGAAAUUAGAUUUAGAGGUUAGGAAAAUCAUUGUGUUAAAUUUUCGAUUGCUUUAGCUCUAAACACUGAUAAAGACUAUUUUUAGGUCUUAGAGAAAAAUAUAUCAUAUGAAGGUGUGCAUAUUGAAACAUUUUCAUUCAUUUAUAACAUAGGGUACCUGCGUUACUUUCGCAGGAAAAAUGUUCAAAGACAAUAGACUAUUUGUUAGCAGAAAUCAUUGUCGUUUACUUACAUUGGGAAAAUUCAUAAAAAUAAUGAAUUCAAUUACUUAUUUUGGUGUUAUAUAAUGCUAAAAAUAUUUGAAUCUUUCACAAAUACUGUAAUUAAUUGUAAAUAACAAUUUUAAUAAUCUUACUUCUAAGGGUAGAUCACUCUAACUGCAUAAAACUACCUUACAAGUAGAGCUCUUUAGUGUGCAGUGUUUAGAGCUUCCUUAAAUAAUUAAAUUCCUCAGAUACAUGUACAACCUGACUG